AUGUCUUUGAUUGCGAGACGACUUGCCUCGAGAACGGUAUACAAUGGGACAAUCGAGAGAGGCUUGUGUAGGAGUGUACCUCGAUUAUUUCGGUCAUACACUUCUAUUUCCCCAGAUCCUGUUCCAGGGAAAUCAUUUACUUGGCUGGGAUCAUUUAUUGCUGGUGGUGUGGUAUCAGCUGGAGUAGCAAAAUACACUUUGUUCAAUCAAAGUGAUGAAAAGAAAAAUGAUCAGCCAAAAUACGCAACGAGGGAAGAGAUGCAAAAGGUAGACUUACCGAAAGCCGUUGACGAAAUCCACCAUCUCCUAGGCGAAGACGGCGUCAGCACAGACGACGAGAUUGUCAAAGCACAUGGAUACUCAGAAUGGUCGUCGAUCAACAUCGAUGCUCUCCCUGUGGCUGUUGUCUUUCCAACAUGCACAGAAGAUGUUGCGAAGAUUGCCAAAUUGUGCAGCAAAUACAAGGUCCCAUUGACUCCAUACUCUGGUGGAUCGAGUGUUGAAGGGCACUUCUCUGCUCCAUUCGGGGGUAUUAGUGUGGAUUUUGUGUAUAUGAAUAAUGUUGUUGAUUUUCAUCCUGACGAUAUGGAUAUCGUCGUGCAACCGUCCGUAUCAUGGAUGGAUCUGAAUGCAAAAAUCAAAGAUAGCGGCUUGUUCUUUCCGAUUGACCCUGGUCUGACCGCGCAAAUUGGAGGAAUGAUUGGUACGAAUUGCAGCGGAACAAAUGCCAUCCGAUACGGGACAAUGAAAGACUGGGUAGUCAAUCUGACUGUCGUCCUGGCCGAUGGGACGAUUGUCAAAACCAGAAAGAGACCGCGAAAAUCCUCCGCUGGAUAUAACCUCAACGGCCUCUUCACGGGCUCCGAAGGUACACUCGGGCUCAUCACAGAGGCAACAUUGAAACUUGCUCGUAUCCCUGAUGAGACUGGUGUUGCGGUGGUCACAUUUCCGAGUAUGCGAGACGCAGCCAAGGCUGCUAUUCAAGUUAUCCAUAAAGCAGUUCCGGUCGGUGCUGUUGAACUUGUUGACGAUGUGCAGAUGAGUGUUAUUAACCGUGUUGGAGCAACCGGGAGAAAGUGGGAAGAGUUGCCAACGCUUUUCUUCAAAUUCAGCGGGACAAAGGCUGGUGUGCAAGAUGAUAUUAACCAGGCUAAGGCGAUUAUCGAGAAGAACGGAGGAAGUAACUUUGAGUGUGAGUACGAUGGAGAACGACAGAAGAGACUCUGGUCUGCUCGGAAAGAGGCACUUUGGAGUAUGCUCAGCUUGAGAGAGUCUGGCGAUGGAGUCUGGUCGACGGAUGUGGCUGUUCCAUUAUCCAGAGUGGUAGAGCUUGUUGAACUAUCCAAAAAAGAUCUCAAUGAGCUAGGGCUAUUCGGGAGCAUGCUUGGGCAUAUUGGCGAUGGCAACUUCCAUGAGACUAUCCUCUUUGAUGGAGAAAGGGAACACGAGAUGGUGAAGAAGUGUGUCCAUGAUAUGGUCCAUCGGGCGUUGGAAAUGGAGGGGACAUGCACUGGCGAGCAUGGAAUCGGGCUGGGAAAAAAAGAAUUCCUGGCUGAGGAAGUCGGCACAGAGUCGAUCCAAGUGAUGCGGAGUAUUAAGAAGAGUCUGGAUCCUCAUUGGCUGUUGAAUCCAGGCAAGAUAUUCGAUCCAUAG